AUGAAUUUGUCCACUUUCACUUGGUUCACACUUGCAACGCUCAUGAUUAAAGGUAUAUAUGGCACCCUAUUUUGUUAUAGUUGCACUAGCGCCCAAUCUGGGUGUGGUGACCCGAUUGAUGUUCGAUUAAUGCAUUGGAAGAUUUGUCGUGGAAGAGACGUAAUAGAAGACUACUGUGUAAAGCUUAUUGAAAAAGUUGCAGUUUUAUAUAAUAUGAAAAUUUUCUAA